ACAUCCAACCCGUCUCCAUUCAUGGUGAAUUCAUUUAUUCGUGUGAUUUUGCGCCAGAUAAUUUAUUGUUUUAAUCAAUGCGUCUUUGCUCUACCAAUAGGGGGCAACAAAGCAAUGUGGCUGACAACCUAAACAGUGCUAACUUUGUCUCCGAAGAAGAAGUGGUCCGGGGUAGCUCCUUGGUAGACAUGUCAGAGUGACUGUAGUAAUGCUAACUUGGGAGCAGUAGUUACUGAGUAAUCCAAAAGUGUCUUGAAGGUUGAAGGAGUGGUUGUAGAGCAGCAACCCUUAACAAGUAGCCCGUUAAAAGGCUUCGCAAGAUCUGAGAAACGCUACGGAUCCCGGACGUUGAUAACAAACAACAGCUGGUUUUGCUAGCAUUAGCUGGCUAGCUUGGAAGCUCCCGAAGGAUAUCGUCAGGGUUUUUGAUUCAGUCAUGUCUGCGGCCGGAGACUUUGGAAACCCUUUACGAAAAUUCAAAUUGGUCUUUCUCGGAGAACAGAGUGUGGGAAAGACGUCUUUGAUCACCAGGUUCAUGUAUGACAGCUUUGACAAUACUUACCAAGCCACAAUAGGAAUAGAUUUCCUGUCAAAAACCAUGUACCUUGAAGACAGAACAAUAAGGUUGCAAUUGUGGGACACAGCAGGACAGGAGCGAUUUCGCAGUCUGAUCCCAAGUUACAUCAGAGACUCUGCUGCUGCUGUCGUAGUGUAUGACAUCACAAAUGUAAACUCUUUCCAACAAACUACAAAAUGGAUUGAUGAUGUCAGAACAGAGAGAGGAAGUGAUGUCAUCAUCAUGCUGGUGGGAAACAAGACAGACCUUGCAGACAAAAGACAGAUAACCACAGAGGAAGGAGAACAGAGAGCAAAAGAGAUGAAUGUUCUGUUUAUUGAAACAAGUGCAAAGACAGGCUACAAUGUCAAACAGCUUUUCCGUCGUGUGGCAGCUGCGCUCCCUGGCAUGGAUACCACACAGGACAAGAGCAGAGAAGACAUGAUUGACAUCAAGCUGGAGAAGCAACCAGAGCAGCCCGUCAGUGAAGGAGGCUGUUCCUGCUAAUAUUCUUGCCUGUGGAAUAGGAUUUUUUCUGCCACCCAGUCAGUUUUUCUGUUUAUGUACUCUUCACUUCACCCAUCUUUGUUUCCCAGUCUAAAUGAGAACACUGCAUCCAUUGUCCUAGCCAGUGAGAAAACCUGCUCUCUCAUUUGGAUGCCCUGAAAGACACGUAUCACUUAAGAGUGAAUAUUUGCACUGUAACAAACAUGCGUUGAAACACUAUUUACAGCUGAAGCUCGCCAUUUUACCUUCUUCCUGUUUCCUGAUGUUUCAGAUUACAGUAGUGGCACCAGAGUAAGGAGUCACAUUGGUGUUGUUUUUCUCUUAAAAUGAAUUUUAAACCAAACAGUCAGAUGAUGUACUGAUGCUUUGGACAGCAAAACAAGGUAUUUGUUUGAGUCAAAAUAUUCUUUAAAAAGUGGAAUGUUGCUUUAAGCUUAAUAAGCACAGUAUGGAUGUUGUGAGUGUUUGUCAGUCAGCAGGUGUGCUGUUCUGAUUGGCAAAAAAAUGUUUUAACUGUUUGAAAUACUACAGGAAAGUCCUGCAAGUUUUUGUGUUUAGGGAAAUCAUUAACAUUUUCCGGGUCUCUGUAUAAACACUUUUUGUGCAAUUUGAUCCAAAUGAAGACAGAAACAGCAGGCCAUGUUAUUUAAAACUUUAAAUUGCUUGUACCAGCAGAGUUCUCCAAUCAUUUACAAGCAUAUUAUGGCAAGAAAACACACUGCAACUACGCUUUUACACUACAUUAUCACAAUCCAGCAGAGAUACACCACAAGACGUUAUCAUCCAUGUUUACCGUCCUUCCCUGCUCCCUCACAAAUCCUGUGAGAGCAGUUAUUUUAACCUUGGCUUUCAUUUUUUUAAUUACUUUUUUAUUAUUUGAAUAGAUUUAUUUGGUUUUUCCCUAAAUACCACAGCUGCAGUGUCAUAGAUUACAAAAUAUUUCUUUAGUGUAUAAGGAGUAUUUUCACUUAAAACUCACCAUAUACAGCAUAGAUUUUGAGAUUUAUGCCUUUUGAACUUUAAUUGUAGUGGGCUUCCAUGGCUUUGGGUUUAUAUAGAUUGAGUUUGACCUUGUAUGAACACUUUAAAGACUUUUUAUUUGCUUGUUUUUACUUUUUGACAUCGAUCUUUUCUUAGUGAUUGAUCAACGUGUAUUUAAUUUACAAUGACUUGAAAUAUUUAUUUCUUUUCGAUUUCAUGCUUCUUUUAUAUUGCUGUUAAUAUCUUCACUUUUGGUAAAAAAAAAUAAAAACCUCCUGAAUCUCUAAUAAAAUUAUGCAUCCAACUGGACCACCUUUAACAGAAUAAAUGAGUGUCUGCUGUUCUGUCUGCCACCUCUAAGUGGGAGUUUGAUUAUACUGAUGAUGUUGUGCAAUUUUUAUGUGAACAUUUGGAGGAGAGUCCAAUUUGUAUAGCAUAGUAACCCUUAACGUUUUUGUCUGGAAUGGUUUUCAAUAAAACAAUAAAUAUAUACUUGUCAA